CUCUACAAUGAUGGUCACUAAAGUAUACAAUAAAAUUACGAAUUGUAGUUAGAAUAACAAUUGAAAUUAACUGAACCAAUUAUUACACAUUUUGUGUACAUAAGAAGAGUUAUAGAUUUUUUUUCUUUUGAAGAUUUCUUGUACGAUAAAAUUCUUAACUAGAUCGUAACCAUAAUGUUCAAAAAUGAAUCCUUUGACACUGUAGGUUUUGAAUCUGAAGUAUCAAUUGCAAAACCAGAGAUAUCUGCAAAUGUACAGACCAAGGAAAUUGUAUAUUCUUCAAGUGAAGUUCAAACUGCGGAAAGAAAAAAUGCAGAAACUCAAACGGUACAAGAACAGACAAAGACGCCGAAUAUUGAUUAUAAUAAAUUAGCAAGUUUUUUAAAGAGAGUUACUCCAAGCUUGUUAGAAGCUUUAGAUGAAGCUUAUAAUACUAAUGCUUUUGAAGAUUAUGAUACUGAAACAACAAAGAAUGCAUCUACUAAUUUGCAACUAUUGAAAAAAUUAAAUACAGUAGAGGAAUCAGAUAAACAGACAAAAAUAAGUGAUUUAUCAUGGAGUAUCGCAGGUGGAACGUUAGUUGUAUCUCAUAGCGUUGUAUAUCAUGAAAAUUGGUGCGAUCAUCUUUCAAAAAUACAGUUCUACAGUCUAUCGAGAGAAGACAAGCUUUCAGAUAUUUCUAACAAGACUUUGGAAGUAAAUUCUUGCGUUACAACCUUGUCUUAUCAUCCCGUAGAACCUUCAAUUUUAGCAGCAGGUUUAUUUAAUGGUGAUGUAUUAGUUUGGAAUCUUAGAAACGAUGAUUCAGUCACACCGAUACAACUUUAUACUCAUGGUGACACUGUCUCUCAAAUAUAUUGGAAACCAAGAACAAUGAACGAUGUAUCUAUCUUAGUAAGCUCAAGUAAAGACGGAUAUAUCAUAGUUAACAAAUUAAUGGCCAAUUUUACGACGACUCGUUUACACAAAAGAUUCAAAAUAAUAAAAGAGCAUAAUCCAAUAGAAAAUUCAAGACCUCGAAGCGCAGGAGGCACACGCGAACGUGCAGCAGAAGCUGGACUAUGUAUUACCAGCUUUGAUUUUUCAUGGAAAGAUCCUAAUAUUUUUAUUGUAGGAACAUUAUGCGGUGGAAUAUAUAAAUGUUCUCUUGAUCGCAUGUCUCUUAUCGAAGGAGAUGAAAAUCUUUCGGAUCCGGUAAUAGAUGAAUACGAGAGACACGAAGGAAGUAUAACGUGUGUUAAAUGUUCGCCAAGUCGUAAUUUAUUUGUUACUUGUGGGACGAAUAAAGACAUUCGUAUAUACGAUUUGGAUCAGAACGUUAGUCAGCACUCAAUAUCGUUAGAAAGUACCGUUAUAGGUUUAACGUGGAUAAUAGGAAAUCAAGACAUAUUUGCAACAUUCGGUGCUGGCAAUGCAAUUAAAUUUUAUAAUGUAACCGAUGGUAAGAUCGUGACAAACAUAAAAGUUGAAGUAACUAGCGAAGCAAGUAUCAGCAAUAUAUCUCUCAAUUCUAAGAGGGACAUCUUGGGUAUUGGGAAUAUACAGGGACACUUAGAAAUUUGGAAAGUUCCUCGGCAAUUGUUCUGAAAUAAUCUUUAUUCGUUUAUUGUCAAGUACAAUACAUUAUUUUUCGUCUCAUAUUUCACACUUCUAUUUAUAUAUAUAU